AGGUAAUGUGUAUCGCAUGAGCCGGUGCCCGCUCUCUUUUCCUCUUCACACAUCUCUCAUUCGGUCUCUGUAUGUCUCUUCCUUGCCUCGUGUAAGACAAGAGACUUCAAGAGGCCUUCUGGGCGAUGAAGAGGAGGAGGGAGCGUGGCUGAGAAUAUACGGCCCUGGAACUUGAUCUGGAUAAUACCAGCGAAAGGAUCAUGCUCUUCUCCCUUGUUACUGUGCACAGCAUCCUAACCCUCGU